UACGAACAGAAUCACAGAAUAUUUUGGUUUUGGCCAUACGCAAAGCAAACGUAAACUUAUUCUUAUCGACGUAACGUGCGCGCACUAUAUCAUUGUUUCUAAAUAUUUAAAAUUAUCAUUAAGUACAAAAGUAUUGUGUCGAAAUAACAAAUAAAUUGUCGAAAUCACCUUACAGAAAAAUUAAAAUCCGUGAAGCACAAAUUACACCAAGAUGCAGUGCUGCGUGCCUUUCUGCGUAAAUACUUCAGACAAUGCGUCAACAUCUGAGCGAAUAGGAAUUACCUUUCAUGAGUUACCCAGUGAAGGCAAUCUCCGUACUGCUUGGCUCAGAGCCCUGGGCACACAAGACCAUCACCUGCCCGACCCUGCUGUGGUCUGCUCCCAGCACUUUCUGGAUGACGACUUUUGUACAACAGAGAGUUGUGUGAGGCAGAUUCACUCUCAUGCUAUUCCUUCAAUAGUGCAGAUGUGCAUGAUAUGCCUGGACACUGGCAGCAAGCUGUCUCUAAUGAGUAAACACAAGUUGGAGGAGGCAUAUGAACAGCUAACUGGACUGUCUUUGUUUCAGUUGUGUCGUCGAGGAAACCUGAAGCAAACACUCUGUGUGCUGUGUGCUCAGAGAUUGAUUAACUUCAGUAGAUUUAGAGACUUGAGCUUGAGAGCCCAUUCACUGAUGACAGACUUAGUUGAACAACAUGAAUUAAAUACUAUACAACUCAAAGAAUUGAUGAACUGCACAACUGCACAUCUGAAGUGUAAUUUGACACAAACAACAUUAGGAGCUAACCAUUGUGACUUGUACAUAGAUCACACUGAUGAAGAGGAGCAGACGGCAGCAGAGGAAUCUGUAGUGGGACAUGUUGCAACAGUUGUGGUGAAGAAAGAACGCAGUUCUGACUCCAUGUUGAGUGCUGAUAACUUGGCACAAGAAGAUCACUGUGUAUCCAAGGAGGAAUAUGAUAUAAGUAUCAAGAUAGAAGAGGAUCCACUGGCUGAGGCUGUGAGUGACGCUCUACAUAGAAAAGCAGCAACUUCCUGCACUGCAGUUGCAAAACAUGAGAUUGAAAUAAAGAGUGAAAGUGUUACCUUUGGAUGCACCAUUUGUUUCCAGGAGUUUGUGGAAGAGAUUGCAUACUAUGAACACAUGAUCAUGCAUCUCCAGGACGCUGGCGGUGACGCUGCAUAUGAUGCAUCACAAGUGUGCAAGCCUCGUGCAGCUGUGAGCCGCAGCGGUGACUCACUCGUGCUGCAGAACAAGACAGGGAGUCAGAGGCUGAGCGAUGAGCCUCCCCCGGCUGCAGGCUGCGCUCUGUCUGUAGUCGCUCCACUGUCCGCCAGACUUGCGGCAAACGACGAGAGCAAAGUGCAGGCAACUGAAGGAGCAGGUGUGAUCGUGAAAAGCGAACAAUUCCUUGAGAUUGACAUUUGCGAACUGGACAACCGAUCGUCUCAGAGCGGGACUAAAAUAUAUACAGAUAUAAAUAGAUCCACCAACUAUGUUGGCCAGUUAUAUGAUAUUUUCAAGAAACCCAAGUUAACUGUUCUACAUGAGAAUCCACGCGUGAAAACCCACACUCGUGCAAACCGUUUCUCUUGUAAAAUGUGCAAUGAUAAAUUUCCAAAGAAAUCUAAAUUAUUGCGUCACAUGAAAACUCACACUGAUGCAAAGCGUUACUCUUGUGAUGUAUGCAAUUAUAAAACUGGCCACAAAGGUAAUUAUGAUGGUCACAUGAAAACACACACUGGCGAAAAGCCUUUUUCUUGUGAGAUUUGCAAUUAUAAAUUUGCACAUAAACAUCAUUUAUCAGAUCACAUGAGAACCCACACUGGCGAAAAGCCUUACUCUUGUGAGUUGUGCGAUUAUAAAGCUGCCCAAAAAGGUAAUUUUGUUGGUCACAUGAAAAAGCACACUGGCGAAAAACCUUUUUCUUGUGAGAUUUGCAAUUAUAAAUUUGCACUGAAACAUCAUUUAUCAGAUCACAUGAAAAAGCACACUGGCGAAAAACCUUUUUCUUGUGAUACUUGCAAUUAUAAAUGUACACGAAAACAACGUUUAUUGGAACACAUGAAAACGCACACUGGCGAUAUGCCUUAUUCUUGUAACACAUGCGAUUAUAAAUGUACACGGAAAAGUGUGUUAUUAGUACAUAUUAGAACUCACACUGGCGAGAAGCCCUUCUCUUGUGACAAAUGCAAUUACAAAGUUGCACAUAAAUCUAAUUUAUUACGUCACAUGAAAGCGCACACUGGCGAAAAGCCUUAUUCUUGUGAGACAUGCAAUUAUAAAUGUACACAAAAAAGUCUGUUACUAAUACAUAAUAGAACUCACACUGCCGAGAAAGAAGAUAUGCAAAUAUAAAUAAUUUAUUGCGCCAUAAUAUGAGAAUCCACACUGACACUGAGCCUCAAGAGUAAUUGUGAUAAAAUAGAAAAUGAAUUGACGCAAUCACUCGAUCUGUGCGAAC